AGCUGGCUCAGCUAGCGGUUGUCUCGCUAACGAUUUGUAUCAAAACAAAUUGUUCCGUUCACUGCCAUAACGUAGGUGUCCAAAUACGAGAAGUCUGAUAGAAAUAACAUUUAUUUGCUGAAUUAUCAGAUAAUGCCCUACUCAAAAUUGUAAGAACCUAGUAAAGAUAAAAUUUAUAGCUUAUAUGAUAUUUUUAGCUCCAUUUAAGCCAAUAGAUUAAGUCACUUCAGUUACGUGAAAUCGUAAACAUGCGAUAAAUGCAUGCGUUUAACCUGCUUAUUGAAACAGACAAUUAUUCGCACUUUGCGUGUAUUUGAUUAAAGGUCAGAGUAGUUGUCGUAUCGGUUGAUAAUUUAUUUAUAUUAAUGUAAAUUAGUAAAUUAGCGAUAAGCGUAUUCCAAAAACGGCGGGUAAAAGGUAUAUAAGAUAAGUGACAGAUUGAUACAGAUUAGUCUUUGAGAAGCUCCAUCCAAAGAUAGAGGAGACCAUGGCAGCAAGAUUUGUAAUACUAAUAGCCAUAGUCGGGUACGCCCACGCACAUGGUCACGCCAUCUCAUGGGGCGUGAGCAAUAUUGGACACAGAGGAGGCUGGGGAGGCAGUGAAGGUGGCAAUGGAGGAGGUUAUGGAGGCAAUCAGGGAGGCGUUUGGGGUAAAGUGCAUAGUGUCGGCUGGGGAGUAGGUCGUGGAUAUGGGUGGGGAGGCCAAGAAGGAGGAUGGGGAGGCGAUGAAGGGGGUGUUGGAGGAGGACUGGGGCAUGGUGUCGUCCUCGUCAACGUCGGUCAUGGAGGUCUUGGAGGAGGCGUAGGUGGUGGUGCUGGCGGUGUAGGAGGAGGAUAUGGACACCAUGAACUUGUCAUCAGCCAUGGAGGAUCCGUUGAAGGAGGUCUUGGGGGCGGUCGUGGAGGUGGUGUUGGAGGAGGUGUUGGAGAAGGUGCUAGAGGAGGUGUUGGAGGUGGAGUUGGAGGUGGAUAUGGAUAUGGACAUGGACACCAAGAAGUUGUUGUCAGCCAUAUAGGAUCUGUUGGAGGAGGUCUUGAGGGCGGUCGUGGAGGUGGUGUCGGAGGAGGUGUUGAAGGUGGAUAUGGAGGUGGAUAUGGAUAUGGACAUGGACACCAUCAAGUUGUCGUUAGCCAUGUUGGAUCCGUUGGAGGAGGUCUUGGCGGCGGUCUUGGAGGCGGUGUUGGAGGUGGAGUUGGAGGUGGAUAUGGACAUGGACAUGGAGUUUCGGUUGUACACGAAGCAUCUACACCUGUUGAUGUUCAUCACGAGGCCCCUGUUGUUAUUGGACAUGGAGAAGGAGGACAUGGUCACGGUCAUGUUGUUGAUCAUUAUGCUCCCCCUCACUACGAGUACAAAUAUGGUGUAGCCGACCACCACACUGGCGAUCACCAUCAGCAAUCUGAGUCCCGUGUUAAGGACCACGUCAAAGGGGAGUACUCCCUCCAUGAACCAGAUGGUACCAUCAGGGUGGUCAAAUACGAGGCUGAUGGUCACAACGGAUUCAAUGCGGUGGUGCAUCGAGUAGGCCAUGCUCAUCAUCCUACUGUUGUUAGCCAUCAUGGACAUGGUCAUGGUGGAGAAUGGUAGAUGGGACAUUUGUGACAUCAUCAGAUGGAGUGUUGCCAUAUACGCUGAUAUAGUAUUAUUAUAAUGAUUUUGUAUGAUGUAUAAAUAUGCAUGUAUUUGUUAUGUUUGUGUGAAGAAACAUUAAAUGUUUAAACUGAC